GCAAACUUGUAACUUGUGCUUAUAAGGCGAAAGUUGACAGCACAAAAAUGUCAUACAAAAAUCGUACAAUCUUAGCCACUCUGCCUCGGACAACUAGGGGCAUGCCUUUGGUGUUAGGAGGGGAUCCCAAAGGAAAAAAUUUUCUAUAUACAAAUGGGAACUCUGUAAUUAUUCGAGACAUAAAUGAUCCCACAAUUUCUGACAUUUAUACAGAACAUUCAACUCAAACAACAGUUGCAAAAUAUUCACCCAGUGGUUUUUACAUUGCUUCAGCAGAUCAAUCUGGGAAAAUUCGUAUUUGGGACACAACUCAAAAGGAACACAUUUUGAAGAAUGAGUUUCAACCGUUCGUCGGUAAUGUGAAAGAUUUAGCAUGGUCACCUGACAGCUCCCGAAUCGUUGCUGUUGGAGAAGGCAGAGAAAGAUUCGGUCAUGUGUUUAUGGCUGACACUGGAACCUCUGUAGGUGAGAUUUCUGGACAUAGCAACUUAAUCAACUCUUGUGAUUUUCGUCCAAAAAGACCAUUUCGGAUCAUAACAGGAAGUGAAGACAACUCAGUCGGUAUCUACGAAGGUCCUCCAUUCAAAUUCAAAACUACAAUUAACGAUCACACUCGUUUUGUCCAGUCUGUGCGUUUCUCACCUGAUGGUGAAUAUUUUUGUUCUGGUGGAUUUGAUGGCAAAAUGUUUUUGUACAAAGCUGAUUACACAAAAGUUGGAGAAUUUGGUUGUCCAGCUCACGGAGGUGGUAUUUAUGCUGUGUCAUGGAGUCCUGACGGCACUAAACUGCUUUCUGCAUCGGGUGAUAAAACAUGCAAAGUUUGGGAUGCAUCAACACUUGAGAAGCUAGUAGAGUUCUCAAUGGGGCCAGAUGUAAUGGAUCAGCAAGUCUCUUGUCUAUGGCAAGGACCACAUUUACUUUCAGUUUCUUUAUCUGGCUUCAUUAAUUAUCUCGAUAUGGAAAAUCCCUCAAAACCGAAAAGAAUCAUUAAGGGUCAUAACAAAUCCAUCACAGCAUUAACAAUUAGUCCUGAUAAAAGUACCAUUUUCACAGCUAGCCAUGAUGCUGCAGUGAUGCACUGGGAUGCUGCAAGUGGCAAUCAUGAUCGUAUAAAGGGCAUUGGACAUAGUAAUCAAGUCCAAAAUAUGUUUGCACAAACAGACUUGAUACAUACAAUCAGCCUUGAUGACACUUUUAAAUCCAUCGAUGCUGUAGAGCUUCAGUAUCAACCUGGCACAAUCAAGUUUGACUCACAGCCAAGAGGCUUAGCUCCAACAAAUGGGAAGAUUGUUUUAGUUGCAGGAUUUAAUGAAAUAAACAUUGUUGAAGAUGGGAAAAAAAUUAGCAGUUUUCCAAUUGAUUUUGAAGGUCAAUGCAUAUCAGUUCAUCCAACACAGUCUGAUGUUGCAGUUGGUGGAGGAAAAGACAAUAAAGUGCACAUAUUCUUGCUGAAUGGCUGUAACUUUAGUCCUAAAACUGAACUAGAACACAGAGGUCCAAUUACUGAUGUUUCUUAUUCACCAAAUGGAAUGUAUUUAGCGGCAUCCGAUGCAAACCGAAAAGUUGUACUAUAUAAUGCAUUAACAUAUGAACCUGCUCACACACAAGAUUGGUGCUUUCAUACUGCACGGGUUAAUUGUUUAGCAUGGUCUCCUAAUUCCCUAUUUGUUGCUAGUGGUAGCCUGGACACUAAUAUUAUUGUUUGGAGUGUUGAAAAUCCAACCAAGCAUAUGAUCAUUAAAAAAGCUCAUCCUCAGAGCCAGAUUACUAGAGUUGGUUGGCUUGAAAAUAAUGUGUUAGUGUCUACAGGCCAAGACAGCAAUGUGAAAAUUUGGGAUAUUGUAUUUUAAAACAUAUUAGUGAUUUUUCUCUGCUUUGGUAUAUUAUUGUUCAAUGCUUCUCAAAUCAACAUUGCUUUGGAAUGGGGGAAACUCCUCACAUCUUUAUUUCUGAUUUUGCAUCAAGAGAAACCAAAGAGAAAAAAAUAUAUCAGACUGAGUAUUUUAGCUCCAGUUCUCUAUGGGUGCAGCCUUCAUGAGUUGGAAUUAAGGCUAUUAGAAGUUUGCAAAACGUUUUUUAUUUUUCUUUUUGAAAUGCUAAUUUUCAAAAUGCUCUUCCAAAUGUAUAUAUGUACUUUAUUAUAUAAUUUCUUGAAUCAUUGUUUGGAUCUACUUGACCUGCAUGAAUUUUAUAUAAACUUUGAUUGAAGUGUUGACUGCCUUUAGAUAUAUAAAUAUUUUUCUAUUAAUUAAACAUUUGACGCUCAAUCUCAUGAAUUUUUACUUUUUUUAAAAAAGUAGCUAUCUUAUUUAUUAGGCUGGCCUGAUGUGCUUUUGUAGA